AUGGAGCCAAUAGUAGCACGGAAGAAUGGGGAAGAGACGUUGUUACAGUUGUUAGCUAUUGCAUACCAUGUACUUGAGGAAACUAAACACAUGAAUUUAAAACCUCCUUUACGACCAAUAUCAAAGCUAUUUGCUGUUGACGUGGCCGCAUCCGGAUCACCGCUGUCUGAGAGUGAGACGCCUCAGGAUGAAGUGCCUUUGGACCUCAACGGGCUUACAACGUCGUUUGCAGGCACUCAUGCUCAUUCAAGUGUACAAGGACAUUUUGCCGUAAUACCUUUCUUAUCCGAGGAGGUCCAGGACACGUACACAAGAAUUGCAAUGCUUAAGACUCAAUAUAUGAAACUCAGCACGGAACUGCUGGAAGCCGUGAAAGAGACAGAGAAGAAGACGACGAACAGUAACGAGGGGAUGUUACAAGAUAAAGAGGAUGCUAUGAUCGCAAAAUUGGUGGUGAGAAGGAAUCAACUGCGCAAGGAGGUGUAUGAGAGGAACAUUGUGAUGAAGGGACUGAUUGACCGACUGCGCAAUUUGCAGCACGCGAUUCGACUGACAAAGGGAGGCAGUGCUUACCCGCCCAAUAUUGUUAUGGAAAGUGUUUAA